AUGAACGCUCGCCUGCUUCAGGGCACGGAUAGAGACCACGUGUCCCCUCUUGUCGCUAUUCCCAUGGCACGCUGCUCCGGAUCCGGCUUUGUGAGACGAGGAAGCGUGGUUGUUGGGCUGGGUGGUCAUGUCUGGCGAACGAGCGGCGGCAAGAUGGUAAGGUGCCAAGCCUUUCAUCUUCCGUAUCCUCCAGAUACCACACCCGUCAUUCUCUCCACCUCAUCCACCACGAUGCCCGUCAUCAUGGCUACCAGAAAGACCUCCGACGAUCUGCAAGGCCAUCCAGGUUUCAAGGAAUACCACGCCGGGAACAAGUCGGCCUUCAAGCGCACCUGGACUGCCCGUCGCGCGAUCGCCAAAGCUGCUGCCGAGGAGGCGGAGGCGGACAAAGUCGCGGAGAUUGAGAGGGCUAUCAAUGCGUUUCGCGAUCAUGAGAUGCAUGAGGCUGCUGCUCGUGCCAAGGAGGGUGGCGCUUCUGUGGGAGCACAGCAAGGGGAUGCGGCUUCACAGGGACCUGGAGUCGCUGCUACUGAUGAGGAGACGAGGGGCGGUAUCUCCUCUGCGGCUACCAAGGAGAAGAGCAACGGCCGUUCGAAACCUUCUAAGCAGACAAGGACUCGACCCGCAGUCGGCAACAGGAACAAGCCAUCUUCUCUGAGCACGCUAUUCGACCGCCUCGAGGCCCACGAGGCCCGUUUGUUCUCAGACAUCACGGUUGGAAUCCGCCCCCACCUCUCUCUCCGCGCCGGCGUGCUUGUCUGCGGGUUGCUCUUCGUUGUGGACCAGUUCCCGGCAUUCGCCGUGCUCGGACACAUUGCAAAAUGGGUUUUCAGCUUUGACUGGGUCAAGUCUGAACUCUUUCCCGCCUCCGCCUUCGUGGCUUUCACUGUUCUUUAUCUCGCCUUGCUUGUUUGCAUGUGCACUCCGCCCGCCCACACAACAACCACGGAUGAGAAGUUCAGAGCUCUGGAGCGUCGCAACGAACAGCUCGCUCCGUUGGCUCAGAAGAACGCCACCCUCACCCGACAGAACGAAGGACAAGCACUCCGCCUCGCUACCAGCAACCAAAAGAUCGAGGCUCUGGAAAGCAGAAUCGCGACGCUGGCCCUCGAGACCAUUGCGAAGAAUCGAAAGAUCUCCACUCUGAAUUUCGAAAACAAGAAGCAGGAGGACCUGCUUGCCGACAAACACGGCUCCGUCAACGUCUUCUGGCGCGGAAUGAUCGAUAACACCCAGUCCCGGCACGAAAAGCAACUCGCCGAUCUUGAGGCUGAAAAGCGCAGGGUGCACAACGGCAUGCAGCUCUACAACGAGUUCUUGAAGGAGCAGUUCGACAAGGCCGACACUGAAGCUCGCCGCCUGAGGCUGGAGAUCCGGGAGAAGGCUCAGACUCUGAACAACUUCAGUCACAACCUGGGUGAAUGGCAGAAGUACGGAACAGCUAAGAACGUGAAGUUGCAGAAGUCUGAGGUGCAAGUCGAGCACCUCCGCCACGAACUUGCCGCCAUGGAGAAGAAGAACGCCCUCUCCGCGAAGAUUACGGAGCGCGAGAUGGCGAAGAGCAAGGCGUUGCAGAAGCAGAAUAUCGAGGUGCUGCAGGAUCUUCACAGACUCAAGGAGUAUUAUCGCGAUCUGUAUGAUGAGAAGGGUGAGGAGGCUGAGGAGACUUUUUCUGAGCAGUGGGAGGUACAGGAGGCUGCCCCGGUGGAAGCUACGGAAACCGAAGCGGAUGAGGCGGAGGAGGAUAAGGUGGAGGAGUGGGAUGUGGUGGAAGAGGUGCCGGAGGUGGCUGUCGUUGUUGAUGGUGCUGAGACCGUACAGCGAUGGUCUCGGGGCCAAGUCGUUGCCAUAUGA